CUUUCCUCCAACUCCGCCUAAUUCCUCCCUCUUCGUUCUCACCAAUCCCCCCACACAUACGACCAUCUUGCGCUUUCUAUUUUAGCGUUUCUUUGAUUUCCCUCAGUUUUCUCCGCUAGUCAAUGCACCAUGCAGGGCCAUGAGGCAUCGGGCCCCGGUGCGCUCGCAGGCCUGCCAUCUACGCUGAGAACGGUGAUAGGCAGCCCGACGACGUCACCGCUCGGGUUCAUUUCGUCGACCGUUCCAUCUAUACAGACCCCGUCGUCCUUGUCGCGACAACAAAUCGAAGCGAACCUGCAAUAUGUUCUCAAGUCGCUCUCAUCGGAAAUUGCCAGUGGGCGCGUGGUUGCAUCGGGUGGCAACUCGUCCGGCUCAACCGGCUCAACCACCAAAGGCGUUCUCAUUGGGCUUUUCUCAGCCUUUGGUUCCGCUGCGAUCGCAUUAACGAUUCUAGCGAUCUUCUUUUUCUUCAAAUAUACCAACCGGGGCCGGAUUAUGCUCGAUCGGAUGGGCCGCCCGGGCGAGUAUGACGAUGAACAAGCAUUUGCGCGGGAGGAGGAAACCGCUCUGGAGGGUAUGGAUGAUCUAUCACGAUCGGAAUAUCUACGAGCAAAAGCUUUCGUUCAAGCCAAUCCACCCGAAUCGAUGCAAACCGACAUUUCCCUGUCACAAUUCUUGGCCAUUCAAGAAAAGGGUGUCUCAGCAUGGGAAUUUCAGGCUGAGCUGGAGAUUGCCAACUGUUUUGUGGAAGGUCGCACAGAGAUUGAGUUCUUUGACUCAGAGUGCAGUGUCCAGACCAAUCUGCCUGUUCCCAAGCAGAAUGAGGUUUAUUAUUGGGAAGCCAAAAUUUACGACAAACCAGAGUCGACCAUGAUUGGUGUCGGCUUCACCACCAAGCCUUACCCUCUUUUCCGAAUGCCCGGCUUCCACAAAACCUCGGUUGCCUACCAAUCUACCGGCCACCGUAGGCAUAAUCAGCCUUUCGAACCAUCUCCAUACGGACCCCCGCUCCUUCAAGGCGACGUUAUCGGUGUUGGUUACCGUCCCAGGUCUGGUACGAUCUUCUUUACCCGAAAUGGCAAGAAAUUGGAGGACGUGGCCCACAACUAUCGCAACCAGAACCUAUUUCCGACCGUUGGGGCGAACGGCCCCUGCAGCGUGCAUGUUAAUUUUGGCCAGAUGGGGUUCGUAUUUAUCGAAGCUAAUGUCAAAAAAUGGGGUUUGGCCCCCAUGACCGGCAGCCUCGCGCCGCCCCCACCAUACGGUAGCGAACACGGCAGCAUCUUGCUUGAGUCCGGGCGAGAGAGCGCUGCCACAAUUUCCCAGCGCGUUUACCAAGCCCACUCGGCGAGACGGUCCAGCAUGGGCUUCCCACAGGCAGUCAGUCCUGGCCCAAUCCGCUCUCCCACUGAUAUUUCCCUUGCUCAGUUGACCCACAUCCCUUCCAAUGAGGAUGCUGGUGAGGGGUCCAGUCGAAUUGCCGAUGGCGAAGAAAGUGUCACUGUUGAUCAUCCUUUGCCCGGAGUUCCUGACGAAGACGGAAUUCUUCCUCCUGAGUACUCGAGUCCUGGGAGCAGUCGCAGAGGCAGCGAUGCCUCCUUGGAAUUUCCACCUCAAGGCCCCGGUGUCUUGAGUCCUCCGGUGGAUACUGAUGCGCAUGAAUAUCAAAACUUACCGAGCUACCAAGCGGCAACAGAUCGGGACUCCAACAAUCACCAUGAGUAAAGGUGACUUGACCGACAAGCCGCUAUACCACUUUUUCAUCAUACGUCUCUCGUCUGCAAGCAUACCCCCGGUGUUCUCCUUUCCUUUUCACGGUCCACAAUUUCGAGCAGUAUCGACCCUUCAUUCUCUCUGUUUCAUUUAGCGAUUACUCAGGCGGCGUUUCAAGUCUUGGGAGGACUAGUGCACCAACUUUUUCUGCUCGGUCUAUGUUUGGGGAUUUCGUCAAUGUGUUUAUCUGUUACUGGGACCAUGAUCCCCCAACGAAGUCAUGUAUAGGGGAGCUCAGUCAUCUCGCCUCUCUUUCGCUCUUUCCACUGCGUUUUGUUUUGAUAUCCUUUGGCAGCAGGUCUGUACAUUUUGUCAUCUAGCAUCAGCCCAGGAAUCCUGCUGUCGAUGCAUUGUCCGAUAGCGCAUCUCAAUCUGGCUAUUUCGUGCUCUAUAAAA